UUGGCGUUGGGGUACGGGUGUGGUGGUCGAGACAUCUGUUUAUAACUUUAUUGGAGGGUUUUAAGACAGAUUGCGUUAAUAAGGUGCUACGCACUGCUCUGCCGAGCUGAGCAGCAUGUUUCUGCCAGAUCUGGAUGAGGAUCAUGAAGGGAUGGAGCCGACCGACACGGAUGACGACAUCGACAUCCGCGGCGACCCGGCGUCGCUGCCGCCCACGCUGUACGUGCUGGAGUUCGCGGCGGGCGUACCGGCCGCCACGGUCGACUGGUACAUCAGCCGCGUGCAGGGCCGCCGGCGCACUGGUGGCGCGGAGCUACUCGUCAGCGCCCAGCCCCAGCUUCAGGGCAAGGGUCUGGUGCUGCAUCUUACGGCGUCGCGCAUCAAGCUGCUGGAGACGGCCGAGCGCAUGGAGAUGCGCAAGAAGGACCGCGACGGCUACCUGCGCGACUUCACGUGCGCCGAGCUGGACGAGUUCCUGGGCCCGGCCGGCGUCGAUGGCCUGCUCACGAUGUGUGAGAAGCAGCGCAUCGUGCUGCACGAGCUGGAGCACAUUCGCGCGCGCACGGCUGAGGACCGGCUGCCCGGCUAUCCGGCCGUCCGGCUCUACCCCGGCCAGAGUGUCACCCGCCUGCUGCUGCAGGAGAAGGUGAUCGUCCAGCUGUUCCCCACCCACGACCAGGAGGAGCUCGACCGGCUGGGCAAGUCCUGGUACGCCGCCCUCUUCCAGCGUCAGCCGUUCGAGGACAUCCGUGCUUACUUCGGCGAGUCUGUGGCGCUGUACUUCUCGUUCCUGGGCUUCUACACGGCGGCGCUGUGUGGUCCGGCGGCGCUGGGCCUGCUCCAGCUGUUCUUCUCGGUCGACACGCUGCACGAGUACGCUCUCUACUCGCUCUUCAACAUGCUCUGGGUCACCGUCUUCCUGGAGGCGUGGAAGCGCAAGUGUAACGAGCUGGCCUACGUGUGGGGCGUCAUGGACAAGACGCAGAUGUCGUUCCUGGAGCCGCGCGCCAAUCACCGCGGCGAGAUGAUCCGCGACGAGAUCACUGGCCGCUACAUGCCCUACUACCCGCGCUGGAAGACGCUGCUCAAGCUGUACGCCGUGUCCAUCCCGACGGUCGGGGUGUGCCUGUUCGGCUCCUUCUACCUCAUGCUAGUCUCCUUCUGGGUGGAGGAGUACCUGACGCUGCACCGCGACCAGUACGGCGGCAACCUGGCGGCGCUGUUGAUCAUGCUGCCGUCGGUCGUGUACUCGGUGGCCGUGCUCGUCAUGAAUAAGUACUACAACAAGAUGACCACCUUCCUCACGGAGUGGGAGAACCAUCGCACGCAGAAGCAGUUUGACUACUAUCGGGUGAUCAAGCUGGCUCUCUUUGAGUUCGUCAACAGCUUCAUGUCGCUGUUCUACAUCGCUUUCUACAUGCAGGACCUGGAGAUGCUGAGAGGCCAAUUGGCCGUGAUGCUGAUAAUUCAGCAGGUGGUCAACAACUUCCAGGAGGCUCUGCUUCCGAUCGUCAUUCGCACCACGUAUUCCAAGGUCCAGGAGAAGGUAGUCACCAAGCUGAAGGAGCACAAGCUGACGCGCCAGCUGUUUGAGAGUCGCGCCAUCGAUGCGGUGGACGCCGACGACGCGCGCGUGCGGGUCAAGACGCUGGAGGCGGAAGACCCGCGUGUGCUCAUGGUCAACGAGCAGCUGCAGCUGGAGCGGUACCCGGACACGUCGGACGACUACCUGGAGAUGUUUGUGCAGUUCGGCUACGCCUUCCUCUUCUCGUCGGUCUUCCCGAUGGCUGCCUUCUGGGCCGUCUUCAACAACCUGCUAGAGAUUCGCGCCGACGCCUUCAAGCUGUGCAAGGUGUACCAGCGGCCGCCGGCCAAGAGCGUGCGCAACAUCGGUGCCUGGAUGCCGGCGUUCGAGGUGCUCGGCUUCGUGGCCGUGUUCACAAACUGCGCACUGCUCUGCAUGUCGCCGACGCUGCGCGAGAUGGCGCCCGGCCUCUCGUCCGUCCAGUGGGUGGUCGUGUUCGUGCUGCUGGAGCACACGCUGCUGGCGCUCAAGCUGACGCUCACCCAGGUGGUGCCCAACGUGCCGUACUGGAUCCGCAAGGCGGUGGCGCAGCACGAGUACCGCGUCCGCCAGCAGCUGCACAGGAAGCGGCGCCGGGAGACGCGCAGCCGGCUCUCGCGCCGCUUCUCCUCCAAGGCGCCGUCGCAGCAGGCGGCGCGACCCGUCAGCUUCCAGCCGGAGACGGGCGUGCGCUUCCGACAUCACUAGAGCGCCGCCAGGGGCGGGACCGGCCGCGCUCGCCGGGGUGCUGGGGAGUGCACGCGACUCCAGCAGCGCUGCCGGGCGACGGCGGCAGACGGAGGCAGCUGCUGAUCACCGGGAGCUGGGCGCAGAACCGAAGCGGAGGAAGCUGGCUCGGGCGGAGCCGGGCAAAUGGACCGGACCGGACCGGACCGGACCGGAGCGGGAAGAGCAGACCGAGCCGGUGGGAAACGGAAGAGCAGCUGUCAAGGUCCCUUCUUUCGGUGUAGGUGUGUGUGCGUGUGUCGGGAGAGGGGGAUGGGGCGCUGGGAGUGUGACAGGGCUCAGGACGACCAGCGCUGGCCAGGAUCGACAUCGCGCCCAGCUGGUGGGCCUGCUGUCUCCGUGCGUAGGAUUAAUGAGACGAAGGAUAGGUGGAUGUGGUUGGCGCUUACACGAGUUUCCCCAGGCAGGACUGGGCAGUGGGAUGGUUGUGCAUAUGCGGCUGCAGUGAGCGGUCCGUCUGCUAGGCACGGACGCGUGAUGGACAGAAAAGGGGCAAAUUCGCCGUGUGGUUGGUCGGAACAGGUGGCUCAUAUGGUAGUGUGAGGCUUAGCUUUAACGCGUCGCUGACUGAAAGGUAUUCUCUUCUCAGGAUCACGAAUGCACGGUGCACAAAGGAGGCUUAAUACUUAUCACAGAAUAUGGUUGUGCUAAUUCUACGCUCGUUUCACCGCGCUGCCUCCAGUGGCUCAGAAAGGGGGAUUGGUUGCGUGCGUCGACAUGACAACGGCUUUUGCUAGUUUUUUUUUCUAGGUGUGUUACAAACUGGCUGCGACAAGAUGACGGAUGAAAAGUUUUGGCUGCUUUAUGCUGGCUGGCACGUAUAAUGAGCCACUGCGAAUGUCUUCAGCGAUCACCUGGAUACCCCUGCUGUGGUUGUGCGAUUGGCAGGCCAGCAUUGGCGAGAUUAAUCGGAGUCGGAAUGAUCCAAGACGUGCACUAGGUGUGUCAAGCGCGGCGGCGGCAGGCGCGUACGUCCCAGUCCUCAGCGGCGUCAAGUAGGACUCACGAUUGGCUGAGAGUUCGGACGAGAUUGGCUAUCGCCGGAGGGGCGGGGUGCAACGACAACACAAAACAUACUUCAGCCAGGUUCUCCACUGUCGCUAUCUGGAGAGGCGGUUCUGAGAGGGACGCUGGCUCUCGGCAAGGCCAUCUGCUGGGUUUGGUGACAAUACAGGAGAUUCAGUUCA